AACGAGUUGAGCUGUUGGUUACUAUAGGAAUACACAUAUACUUCCAAUGUUUUCUUCAGCCAUUGCCAAGUUAGUGGCAAUUGGAGCGGUGUUUUGCCUCGCUACCGCUGCAAAUAGUGCCGACUCGCUGAAGCCGCAUGUUUUAGUGGCCUACGACUCCAGCCUUGUACCGGACUUGGAGGUUCUCGAGAAAUCCAUCCUGCUUGACUCGAACAAAUACGAAGUCAACUACUUGGACUACCUCAAAAAGGACGAAGAAUUGCUUGUUACCGACGAGGCUCGCUACGACCAUGCGAUUUUCUUGCCUUCGUCAAAGAAAGUGGUUGAAGCUAAGGGCCUUGUUGACAAGCACAAAUUACUUGAGUUUUUCAACCUUGGAGGAAACAUUAUAGCGGUGGGCUCUUCCGAUUACUCCGUACCUGAGGAAGUACGUCUACUUCUCGCUCAAGUGGGUAUACAUCCCGCACCUAGAGGCUUCACGUUAUCAGAUCACUUCGAUACAAAUGUGAGAAUCAAUGACGAAAAUCUUGUUUCCAAGAAGAUCAUCUCACAAAUAAAAGACUUGAACUAUGAAGGGACCGCUGCAUUGGUCUCAAACAGUCAAUACUUGUUUCCAUUGGUAAAGGCCCCCAAAUUUUCUUUCACCAGUAGCUCGAAGGACAAAAUGUUGACAUCUGAAAAGACCUGGACCGUCGGUGAACAAGGCUUCUUGGCUGUGGCCUUCCAAGGCUUGAAUAACGCACGUGGUGCCUGGGUUGGAUCUUUGGACUUACUCUCGGACGACUUGACGUCAUGGGUUUUACAAGAAAAGGGAGUGCUUAGGUUGAAUUUUGUCGAACACUACAAGCAGGACGAGCCCGGAGCUUCCAACAGAACAUUGUAUCGUAUUAAGGACUCUGUGUACUAUACUGUUGGAGUUUCUGAGUUGAACAAUGGCGAAUGGGUACCAUAUACCCCAUCAUCAGAAGAUGACGUUUUGCAGUUGUCCUUCAAGAUGUUGGACCCAUAUCAGAGAUUGAACAUGACACUUUUAGGCCCAGCUGCAUCCACAGAAAAUGGUGUCAAUGACAUAAAUGUCUUCUUCGUUGAGUUUGUUAUUCCAGACCACCAUGGUAUGUUUACUUUCGAGCUCGAUUACAAGAGAGAAGGCUUAUCUUUCCUCGAGGACAAAAAGAUCGUGGCCGUUCGGCAUUUGGCCAACGACGAAUACAAAAGAUCUUGGGAGAUUACAAAUGCUUGGAUGUACAUGGUGAGCGCUGCUUUGGUGGUGAUCGCAUGGUUGAUUUUUGUCGCAGGCUUCUUGUAUCUCGGUGUGCCUAAGAAGAUCGAUUCCAGCAAAGAAACACAAAAAAAGGUAGCAGAGAAGUAAACUGAUUUGUAAAAAAAAUAUAACCAAAACAGUACUAAAUGAACCAAAAUGUGAUGGAAAUAAUCA